UAUGUAAACAAACUUCGAAAACAACAAUAACCCUAUUCCUUGACAAGCAUGUUUUGUUUACGUAUACGAAGUCUAGCAUGUCAAUGUUUAAUUUUUGACAGAAAAACGCGUUCUAAAUGUAAAUAUUUAACGUAUUAUUAGUGGGAGAUGCGUUAAAUAAGUAAAAUAGAAAAUAUUUUAUUGAAUUUGUAUUACAUCAAAUAUUAUCAUGGGAAGUAAUUUUUUGUUGAAAGAAGAAAAUUUCUACAAAAUUAAUGCCGAUUUAGAAAUGAAAACGAAUAAGUUAAUGAAAGAAUAUGAAUCUGUAAUGAGACUUCAGGAGCAAUUAACUGAUAAAACCACUCAACAACAGGGAAAUCUUAAGGAAAAUGCGUGCGAAAGUCAAAUUGAUGGAAGAGCAAGGAGGCCCAGCACUUCAGCGCUACUGUCCGCAGUCCCUUCGCGUGGCUCCUCGGCAAGACGGACGCAGUCUGCUGUGCAUCUUAACACUGCUGGACUUAACAGGCUCAACCCCAACGGAUCAGAUGCCUCAAGUCUCCGCAAGGCUGACGGCGGAGGGGGCGGCGAGCCGCUGGGACCCGAGGGAGACCUGGGGACAGAAGCGCUCGUGAGCUUCCUCAGGGCCAACGUGAAAGUGCUGCAGGGAGAGGUCCAGAGUUUGCAGGCAGACUUGAAGACUCGGGUGGGGGAGUGCCGGGAGCACCUGGGGCGGCUGAAGCUCGCGGAAGAAGAAGGGGCCAAGUGGAGGCAGCUGGCCGCCGGCGGCAAGGAGCAGCUGAGGAAGCUGGAGCUCCAGGGAGGCGUGGCCGCCACCAAGCUCCAGCAGAGGGAGGCGGAGAACGCGGCCCUUCGCAAGGAAAUAGAGUCACUGAGGAAAGAGCUGAAGACUUGCACGCAAGCAGCAUCUAGCAGUAAUGUGCGUCUGAACAGAUGCUUGGAAGAUAUGGAGAAACUUAAAGCAUCUGUUAAAGAAAUUAAACAGGAGAAAAAGGAACUUCAAGAUGAAAGCUGUCAAAAGACUAGCGAACUUUUAACAGUUGUCAAGCGACUGGAAAGGCAGAAACUGGAGUUAAUUAGUGGUUUCAAGAAGCAGAUGCAGCUGAUAGACAAUCUGUCAAGACAGAAGAUACACCUGGAAGCUGGAAGAGUUGUACAGUUUGCAGAGAAAGAAUUUCUUAAGUUGCUGGACUCUACAACUGAACAUGAAGAAAAAUUAUAGUACAAAUAAGUGUAAACACAUAAUGUAAAAAAAUGUAUUUUUUGACUUGUACAUAAAAUUCUUUUAUUCAAAAAGGAAUUGCAAAUACGUAUAGUUUUAAACAAAUAAUUAGUUACCAUUUGUGGAAAAUAAAUUAAAAAAUUAUUUGUGAUUAAUUUAUACAAAACAUUGUUGGCUUUGUUGGGUAUUUUAGUAUAAACAAUGGUUGGCUUUUGAAGAAGAAUUUAAUAAGCAGAGAGAUACGAGAAAAUAAUUAUUGGCCACACAGCAUAGAUUAUGUGGAUUUUCUUAUAUUUAGAAUUUUCACUACUUAGAGUUACACAGUUAUUUUUAUGCUAGAAACUGAAUGGUUUGAUUUUAUUUUUCAUUAAAUGAAAAAGUGUUGUAAGGAAAUAUAAUUUUGUUGUUUCAGUUACAAAAUUUUUGGCACUAAAUUAAAAAAAAAAAUUCAUGUUUAUUGAUUUUUAUGCUUAGAGACAUUGGAAUAGAGUUUUUAGUUUUUCAAUUCUUUGUUCUUUAGGGCCCUAUUAAUGCAAAAUUAUCUGUCAGUACCAUGUGUGACAUUAGGUCUGAAUGAUUAACUGAAGUAACUUCCCAGAUCUGUCUGGCAAAACCUCUUGUGUCUGACCAGAACCUCGUGACCUCAUUUCCCACCCGUCAGUUGACUGUUUGUUCAGGUAAUCAUUCAGUCCUGUCAGUUGCAUGGAAUAUUUUGUGAUGGCCACAUAUAAACGGGAGAGCCUCCCUUCAUUAUUUAAACGUACAAAUCACUUCCAGAUUUGUGGGAUUUGGAAGAAUUCUAACUACAUUAUACAAUGCACUCGUGAAAAAGUUGAAACUAGGGAUGGGCCAAUAAAAUUCUCAAAUACCAUGAAAUCUGUAGUAUUUGAAGGAUUCAAUAUUCCAGGAAAAAUAUUCAAAGAAAAAUAUUACAGGAAAUAAAAUAAAUUAAACAACCUCUGAAGUUUACUAAUUCAAUUUUUUCUUCAUACGUAUCCUGUUAUCAUGUCCCAAAAUGUUGUAUUUUUAACAUGUAAUUAUAUGAAUAAAAUACAAUAUGUACUGA